GUGAAGUCAAAGUCUACGCGUAGAUCUUUCUUCUUACAAAACUCUCUCUCCAUCCAUCGUUACUACAAGAAUGGUAUUCAGUGUGUUACAUGAAUACAGCUGUGUGCAGAUCUGUAAUGAAGUCAAAGUCGACGCCUAGAUCUUUUCUUCUUAUUGACUUCUCUCUCUCCCCAUUGUAACCACAAGAAUGGAGUCUCUCUUCUCCGGCAUGAUCAUCCUCCUCUUGGUUUCCUUUUCCUGCUUCACUUCUUCAGAAGCUCUCACCAGCAACAAGGGAAACAUCACAAUCAAAUGGGAUCUCAUGCACUGGACACCUGAUGGUUACGAAGCUGUGGUUACAGCUUACAACAACCAGAAACAACGGUCAAUUCCGUCACCUGGAUGGAAAAUGAGCUGGAGAUGGGCCCAAAAAGAGGUGAUAUGGAGUAUGGUUGGUGCAAAAACCAUAGAGCAAGGAGACUGUUCCAUGUACAAAGGUAACAUCCCUAAAUCAUGUGUUCGUAAACCAACAGUCAUUGACAUGCGUCCUGAAACUCCUUACAACCAGCAUAUAGCUAACUGCUGCAAAGGAGGUGUUUUGAAAGCCGGUUCAGCAAGUUCAUUCCAGAUAACCGUUGGUCCUGCUGGUACCUCAAACAGUACUGUUCGGAUGGCGGUGAACUUCAUGUUCACAGCACCUAAACAACAGUAUAUUUGUGGACCGGCUAAGAACGUUAUGCGGACGAAGUUUAUAACCGCUGACGGAAGGAGAACCACAAGUGCCCUGAUGACCUGGAGAAUUACUUGCGCCUUCCACAAGGCAACAUGAAACCUCGCGAGUCUAUAAAGGAAACAUCUCAUAAUUAAAAGUCUUAUCUUCAAGAUUUUUUAUUGUUUUAUAUUUUCAUGUAUGGUUUAUGUUUUAAGGAAAUAAGCAACACUACUUUGAUUGA